UCAGGAUAUCACCAGUCUUGUUACAGAGGCAGAGGAGAGGGAGUCAUUAAGAGCGUAGGUCAGCAGAGCCGGGCAUGUGCCAAGAAUGGAGAAGCCUAGGCUGAGGACACAAGACAUCUACUUGGGAAUGUGCUUAUUUCUUUUGUAUAGGGUCAGAUUUCCUGAAACGUGGGUCCUGGACAUAACGUCUCUAGGAGGUCUUGGUGCUGCAGAUACAUGGGAUAGAAAUGGCAUUUGGCAUCCCGUGUCCCUGGAAACAAAAGAGCACUGUGCCUCUGCCAGCACGUUUAACAGCGCACGCUCCACAGUCAGUGCUCAAUCAACUCCUGUUGACUGUGUUGCUGCAGAGCCCGGGCAGUGCCCUGGGGAGAGGGAAGGCAAUAGCUAAACGUGUUUAUAGGGUUUUCAACAAAAUUAAGUUGAGCUCCCCUGUGUUAUGAGGCAAUUCUUUUAUCUCAGAUGUCUCUGGGGUUUUUACCAUAUUUGUUUUAACCAAAGACCAUCCUGGGAAACAGUUUCAACCCCAACUAGAAUUUAUUAUUUGAAAGCCAAGUGGGAGGGGAAAAAGGGACGCCAACAAAUAAAAUUGAAAAUAGGGCUUUUUAGUUUAAUAAAGUUAAAACUUAAACAACACCUAACAGUUUCGGCUCUUGACGUGGCUAAAACUUGGCAGUACUUUCGUUUUGCUCCUGGAUCCCUGGGGCCUGUUUCAAGAGCAGGGACACGCCUCUCUGUCUGUCCCUGCUCCCACUCCUUGCGGAGCGUAGGCCUGUGGCCCCAGUGCACGGGAUCGUGGAGUUGUGCCCAUGCCGACAAAGGCACAAGCGGGAACCACUCUGCUCAAAAGGAACAAAGGAGGCUUUGGUUCUGCCCGUGGAAAUCAGGAAGUGAGCCGUUGCAGCUGUUGCCUGCCCCAAGAACCGCUCUGUAACAUUAUCUGUGCCAGAUGUGUUGUGAAGCAGAUGGUCAGGCUGGCGCAGAUGUGGGCACUUAGCACCGUUGAGCCCUCACUUCUCCCCCUGCUGCCUCCGACACGCAGCCAAACUCCAUCAGACCCAAUUCUCUGGAGGUGAUGGAGGAAAAGGAGGAAGACACAUGGUGCACUUUUCCCAAACAAGUGCCUGGCAACCUUAUUGGAUUUGUGAGAAUCCUAUGGAGAGUGAAUCAGUCAUGCCUUCUGGAACAAUACAGAGUGGCAGAGGUUUGCAGAAUAAGAGUCAAUUUAGGACCAUUGCACCAAAAAUUGUUCCCAAAGUCCUAACGUCCAGAGUGCUGUCAGGCCACUCGUCAUCACUCUCCGAUCAGGUGACUCCAGGCCCUCCCGUCAGCUCCACACCGCUGGGGGUGCCCACCCAGAAUUAUGCUCUGAUGCAGGUUGCUGGCCCGGAGGGGACAUUUUCUCUCGUGGCAUUGCCUCACAUUGCCUCAGCUCAGCCAGUCCAGAAACGCAGACUGUCCCUGCCCGAAAACCUUAAACUGCCGAUUCCUCGAUACCAACCCCCAAGAAAUAACAAAGGAUCAACCAAGAACUCGAUCCGGAGCUCCUCUGAGAGUGGCUGUAGCAAACUUCCUGCCCAAACCCAAACGUCCCCUUCCCCCCCUGACCGCUCCGAGCCCCCUCCCCGUCCCAGCCCACCCGAGCCAGUGCCGUCACUGAACCCAGCCCCGGCCGGCAUCGGCGUGGACGCACUGACCGGUGACCAUGGACAGCUGAACCGUCCUGACACCCCAACAUCAUCCACUCCAGAGGAGCCCUCUGCCAAGCAGGGCCUCUUGAAGAUUUCAGGGAAAGAAAACUUUGCAAGCAAAGAAACAUCCAGUAAACCUUCUGUUGCUGCCAGUGAAAAACAUAAAGAACCACUUGAUCUUGCAAAAGGCACGAUCAGGUUAUCACCAGCCAUUUUUGGCAGUGCGCUUCAGUUGAUGCCCUCGGCCUCCAAAGGUAAACUGCCAAUCCUACCCUACUCUAGAACGAAAACAACAGAGGCUUAUAAAAAUGAGUCAGACGUUAACACUGUAGACCUUUCUUCACCUGGGCUCAGGGUCGACUGCGACAAGACAUCCACCAUCACAGAAGGCUCUGACGUAGCCGCCAGAAUGGCCACGAAGGUGUCUGUUCCGCAGGUGUUGAAGCAGAGUCCCUGUGAAAGUGCCUUUUGUUCAGCCACCAAACUGGAUCUCAACCACAAAGCAAAACUGAAUGGCGGGGCAGCAAAGAGAAAAGGAAGGAAACUGAAGGUACCAGAUGAGAUCUUGUCAUUUCAGGAGGAAAGGAGGAAAUGUAAAAGAAUAAAAAAUGACCCGCAACAAUCCAGAGACCAAAAACCUGGAGCUAUGAAAAAAUACCGUAGCAUUAUGCCCAAACCUGUCGUCAUCACGCCCACGCCCACUGUGACUCCCCUGGCUUCUCCUGCCGCUGUGCUACAGUCCCAAAGGCCCGGUGGCCCAGGACAGGACCUUCUGUUAAGUCAUUCUCUCCCUCCUAAAUAUCUCGGCUGCAAGCAGGACAACAGCUCUUCUUCCCCUAGGCCCAGCUCUGCACGUAGAAAUGGGUUCUCUGGCAUCAAGAAGCCUUGGCACCGAUGUCCCGUCUGUAACCACCACUUCCAGUUCAAGCAGCACCUUCAAGACCACAUGAACACACACACGAACCGACGGCCUUACAGCUGUCGGAUCUGUCGCAAGACGUACGUCCGUUCCGGCAGCCUGAGCUCACACGUGAAGCUUCACCACGGUGAGAACCGCCCGAGGAAACUCGUGUGCUGUGAGUUUUGUGCAAAGGUGUUCGGUCACGUCAGAGUCUACUUUGGCCACCUGAAGGAAGUGCACAGGGUCGUCAUCAGCACCGAGUCCGCCCCCAGCGAACUGCCGCCGGGGGACGCGCCGAAGAGCAGAGACAGGGAGGCGGCUGUGCAGAGGGACAAGUCCAGCCCCGAAGAAGACCUCCUCCUAAACCAGGCAGAUGAAGUCAAAUUGCAGAUCAAGUGUGGCCGCUGCCAGAUCACCGCCCAGUCUUUCGCCGAAAUCAAGUUUCACCUACUUUGUGUUCACGGAGAGGAAAUUCAGGGCAGGCUCCAAGAGGAGCUCUCCCCCGGGAGCCAGGCAGCUCCACAGGAACGGGCUCAACAAGCUGCUCCUUCCUGGAGGCAGCAUCCCGAGAGAAGGACACUGCUGCAGAAGCCCUGUCCCUCCGACGAGAAGGUACCUGCAUCUCCUAAAUUGAAAAGACAACUCUGCCUUCAUCGUCAGGGUGACGUGGAAACACUCACAGAAGAUGAAGGAGCCCGGCCUGGACCCAGCGGACCAGGAGAAGCCCCCCAGAGCCCCGCGUGUCCCAGCCCACACUCAGCACCCCUCCAGCUGCAGUCAGGUUUUAACUGCAUCCUCUGUGCACGGACCCUUGGGAAGAAAGAGGACCUCCUCCUGCACUGGGAACAAGGGCACAAUUGCGAGGAUGCUCCCAGGCUCUGGAAGAUUCUGAAGGUGUUCUCUCACCAGGGCGGCGUGGAGCUUCCCGGGAAAACAGGGAAAUGAACUGCUGGGGCCACAGGAGGGUAGAGAGAGUUUUGCACCACCGUUCCCUCCAACUUCUGGCUGUGUGGUGGUGCUCAGUGAUAAAAUCAAACACGUUGGGAGCAGCAAUAAUAAGCAGAAGUGAUUUUUGUACAUAAUGUUAUUUUCUUAUUAAAUAUAUGCCCUUGAUGAUGCAUAUUUUUCUAACUGUAUGCAGUUUUAUUUUAAAAUUCUAUAUACUAACUGUUCAUGUCUUAGAAUUUUUUUGAGAAUAAAUAAAGAGAUCGGAAUUUAGAGAUUGAGAUGUACAGGAUUUUAGGCUGUUCUGCAGAGACCGUUUCCAGUAAAAACAUGUGCUCGAGUAUG